AUGAAGAAGAGGUGUCGAUUCUGCCAGGACAAAGUCGUCUUUCUUGGCUUUGUUAUCUCUCAGCAGGGCGUCGAGGUGGACGAAGAGAAAGGUCAAGGCUAUUCGAGAAUGGCCCACUCCCACUACCGCAUCCGAGGAGUUGGAAUUGGAGCUGUUCUUAUGCAAGACAAACGCCCAAUAGCUUAUUUCAGUGAGAAGCUAAGUGGUGCGAGUCUGAACUACUCGACGUACGAUAAGGAGUUUUAUGCUCUGAUCCGGGCUCUUGAGACGUGGGAACACUACUUAGUCCCCAAGGAGUUUAUCAUUCACACCGAUCACGAGUCCCUAAAGUAUUUGAAGGGACAAAAUAAGUUGAAUCGAAGGCAUGCCAAAUGGGUGGAAUACUUGGAGAUAUUUCCUUAUGUCAUCAAGUACAAACAAGGAAAUAUUAACGUCGUGGCUGAUGCCCUAUCUCGAAGGUAUGCAUUGAUUUCAGUCAUGAAUGCUAAGUUGCUGGGGUUUGAACUGAUUAAGAGUCGGUAUGUGGAUGAUCCCUAUUUUUCUCCAAUUCGUUUGGCUUGCGAUAAGGACGUUGUUGAUGGGUAUUAUAUGCAUGAUGGAUACUUGUAUAAGCUUGGCAAGCUUUGCAUUCCGAGUGGAUCUGUUCGUGAGUUAUUAGUGCGAGAGGCUCAUGCUGGGGGGUUUAGCCGGCCAUUUCGGAGAGAAGAAGACUCUUGA